AUGAAGCUAACCCCAGAGACGAUGGCCGACGUCGCAGCUGAACUGCUCAGGCAGAAGAACUGGGGCGAAGGCUCCAAGAUCCAGUAUCUGGGAUGGCUGACGCGUCCAGGUGAAAGGGCGGAGGGCUCGAUCCUGAUCGAGUUCACCAGCCCAGUCGUGGCUAAUCGCGCCAUCAUCACUGGGGUUGUGAAAUGCCAAAAGCCGGGGCAUAUCCAGUCACACUGUUCCAACGUCUUCAAAUGCGGCCACUGUGCUGGCGGGCACCCGACCUGGGAGUGCCCGUCGACAAAGGGGCAAGCGAUACCAGUCAAGUGUGCCAAUUGUGGCGAAGGGCAUCGCCCGACCAGCCGGGAAUGUCCGGUGAAGAUUGCGGCAAUGAAUGAAGCCAAACAAGCGUUGGCCGAAUGCCCUACAUAUCACCGCGUACCUCUACACUUUCGGACUUCGAUAAGCUCCGACAAGGUGACCACCUCGAGUAGCUCCAACACCACCAGACCAGACGGGAUGGAGGCAUCGAUACAUGCCCCCGAGAGUCAAGAAGAGGAGGGCCCUUCGACGGACCGCCCAGAAACUGUGAUUGAUCUAGACGCCGCACUAGAGGAAACAGAGGCGGCAUCAGAAGAGGCUAAUGAAGCCACUCAAUCCAAACGAGGACCUGGCCGCCCAAAGGGCUCCAAGACUAGGGCAAAGGCUCCGAAACCACCAGUGAUACCGCUGGCGUGCCAGCGGUCGACAAGGUUCCAAAUGGCCUCCCAAAAGGCGACACUGGAAAAAUCCAAUUCCAAAAGACGACGCACAGGGGAGCCGGAGGAUACCAUGGAUGAACAGCCAGAUGACGACGAUUGGUUCAACAUCCAGCUCAACCCGGCUGAUUUCCCUCAAACCAACACCCAACAAGAUAGCCAAGAACAUCGACUUUCUCAAUUCGUCAAUGAAGUGACCACCUUAAACGAUGCGGGCAGCACACCAGAACCUGGUGACGAGGAGCUGGACCCGGAGAGCCCGGAAUACCGCAAGCUGGUUGUCUUGAAAUAUAGACAACGACAGGCGCUACCAGUUGAAUCGUCUCCUCCGGUAUUUGGAACUGAUGCACCGACGAUCGAAGAUGCAAAUGACGAAGUAUGGCACGAAACCAGCGAGCGAAGCGAUGAUGAACAACUCCACUCAUGA